AUGAAUUCUGACUCCGAUAGACCCGAGUCUCCGUCUUACGACGAAAGACGUUCUAGCAUCGAUGAGUGCACCCGCCCUAAUGAUAUCACCGGUCCUCACUACAGAUCCACCUGUACUAUUCAAUCCCUCCAGCGAUUGAAAGAGCUUUGCCGAAUUCCGCCUGAAAUAAUGGCGGAAUCGAAGUUGGCUGAUCCUACGGAGUCCCCGGAGGACCAUCGUGACGGCUACUUUUGCGUAUACAAGAUCUACUUCAAGGGUUGCGGGUUAACCUUCCCUCUUCCUGAAGCCUUAGUCCGAUACUUAGCAGCUCUUGAGAUUGCUCUACCUCAAUUAACCCCCAAUCUUCUUCGAACCAUCCUCGGGAUUAUAACCGUUGCGGCGGAGGCCAGAUAUAUUAUCGGAGUCCCCGAGCCGAACGAGCUUCUAAGCGUUAGAACUUUCAUCGCUCCGACUCUCCCAUCUGAAGAAUUCAUCGGAUUCUUCAAAAUAAUCCUCGAAGGGGAGACCUUUUGGAACUCUUUCACCCUCGAUCGGUUCAUAGAAGCCAAUCGAAAAUUCAGGAUGAGCCCUCCCAAUCAACUUCAUCGUCUUCCGCCUCCUCCCUCAACUCAAGGAAUGUCAGCUUGGGCCCUCACUGCCCAGCGCAAGAUGCUCUCCAAGCCGAUAACUAAGGCUUGCGAGGAGAACAAAGCGUUCCUUGCGACCGCCAUUGACAAAAAAGACUACAGUAGGACCUUGCUGGUUGACGAUGGUAGCGCCGAAGGAACCAGAUCCGUUACUGCUUUCAGAUUGACACCUCAUCGUGAACGUCGUGAUGAUCGUUCUCCUCGGAGGGCCCGAUCUCCUCAUCGUGACUCUCCUCGUCCCCCCCUGUGGAUGUAG